AUGGGCUGGGUAUACAACCUCCAUCGGUCAGACCCUAAUAGUGAAAUCCCCCGGGUGAUCACGAUCUGCCUGGUCUUCUCCACGAGCGCCCUCCUAGCCAUCUGUUUACGUUUCUAUGUACGCAUCUCGACAAACAGAACUCCAUGGGUCGAUGAUUACGCAGCAUUGGCCAGUUCAAUUUUUGCAGCAGCUUACGCAGCAAUCGCGGUGGUUCAAACAAGAUGGGGACAAGGUCUCAGCGCUGCUUAUUUUCCAGAAGAGAACGUCAUUCAAUUUAGCAAGGUUCAAUAUUUUGGAGGCCCAGUCUACUGUCUCGCACUUCUCGGCUUCAAGGUUGCACUGUUGACUUCGUACCUGCGAAUCGCAGGAGUCGUUAAGUUAUACCGAAAAGUUAUAAUUGCUGCCAUUGUGGUCUGCGUCAUCAAUCAACUGAUCUUCGCCGUCAUCAUCUCGGUUUCAUGCAUACCAGUGAGCUUACUCUUUCUCUUCGUCUUGCGAGAUUCUAACCAGCCUCAGGUUGCAAAACAAUGGAAUUCAUCAAUCAAGGGAACAUGUAUUGACGCAAUUCCAUUCUAUUUUGCCCUCGCAGGUACAAGUAUUGGGUUGGACCUGAUCAUUAUCGCCCUACCGUUGCCCGUGCUUUGGAGACUACAACUUCGAUUGAAGCAGAAACUAAUUCUCGCCGCCCUCUUUGCACUCGGAUUUUUUGUUACCAUAAUCCAAAUUAUCCGGAUCUUCACGGUCAAGGACUUGAAAACGUACACUGACAGCAAGAACAUUGUGAUCUGGUCUUGUAUUGAAGUCAGCCUUGGAGUCAUUGUUUCAUGCAUUCCAACCUACGGCCCCCUGUUCAAAGCCUUCGCAUCCACCGUUAACUCAUACCGUAAUAACGACACGUCGCGAUCCUAUCAGCUUGGUUCGGUCCACCCGACCUCCAAGUCAGCCGCUUCUCGUAGGAGGAGGAGCAACUUUGAACUUAUAUCCGAGUCGGAAGGAGCGCAAAUAACAGUGGUUGUCUCGGCCAAUGGAGACCGAACGAAUUACGGGACGCAAUCACAUGGCGGUGAUAGUGAGGAGCAUAUUCUGUUCCCAAGCGGGAAGCACUAG